UGACUGUGAGCGGCAGAUUCGCCGGAUCCCGGGGUGACUGUGAGCGGCAGAUUCGCCGGAUCCCGGGGUGACUGUGACCGGCAGCUUCGCCAGCCGCUGUUGCCUGGGUGACAAUGGGCAAAACCUAUUUCUGUGAUUAUUGCGGCAGGUCGUUUCAAGACAAUCUCCAUAACAGAAAGAAACAUUUACAAGGCGUUCAACAUCAGAGGGCGAAGAAAUUCUGGUUCGACUGUUUCCGAGAUAGUGCCACGAUUUUGGCAGAAGAACUUGCCAAAAAGCCUUGCAGAAAAUUUCUACAAUCGGGUCAGUGUGAUUUUGGUGCGAAUUGCAAAUUCUCCCAUAUGACUGAUGAGGAUGUUCAGAAGCUGAGACAAAAUGUGGAAGAGGAAAACAAAGUAGAACACGAUAACAGAACAGCCCCUGAUAUUGGAGAAUGGUUGGCAAAGAGAGCUAAGAGGAAAGAGAGCAAUUCACACAUCAGUGGUUUGGAAGUGGAAAAAGAAAUUGAUGACGAACCUGUUUACUGGCUACCUCCAGGAUAUCAUGCAGUUCAUGAGCUACCUCCUUCUCUACAUCCUCCACCUCCUGGAGGAUGGAUGCCUGCACUGAAUGUUGAAUGGGGUUAACAUCGCAGAAGACUUUUUUCCUGUCAAAAUGUGGGGAAAAAGGACAUGAUUGGUGAAGCACUUGGACUUGGCACUCUAUUAACUGAGGAAUAUUACCUUAAUUGAAUGAUACGCCUUGAAAUUCAAAAGGGUUCCUAAGUAGCUCCAUUUCCACAUGUAAGUGAUACAUAGGGCACAGCAACUAAUCAAUCUGGUGUCUUCUGUGGCCAUUGUAAUGCAAUUUAUAGCUACCUGUUCUGUAAUUUGCAGAAUUUGUCAAUCAUCAACCAAAUAUGAAACAUUAAUAGUAAACGUAGUAAUUUGGAAUAAUUCUGAUGGAAAGUGUUCGAAACCAAGCAGUCACUUUUGUUUAAUAAUAUGCAAGUUUUUUUUAUCAUGCAACAAGACUGGCUGAUGUUUGUAUUAGUAAGUCAUGUCCUUUGAAAAGCAUUAUAGUUAGUGGUUAUGGUAAAGGCAUUUUUAAGCAGUGAAA